GGAGCAGCAGGAGGAGCAGGAGCAGCAGCAGCAGGAGGAGCCCUUCGCGAGAGGAGGACAAAAACGCGCGAGUGAAUGAGCCACCCGAUGAUGCACCGCACGACGCGCAUCAAGAUGACGGAGUUUAAUCCGCACCUCAUCUGCGUGCUGUGCGGGGGAUACUUCAUCGAUGCCACCACCAUCACCGAGUGUCUCCACUCGUUCUGCAAGACGUGCAUCGUCCGCUACCUUGAGUCGAGCAAGUUCUGCCCGGUGUGUGACGUCCAGGUGCACAAGACCCGGCCACUCCUAAACCUCAGGUCCGACAAGACUUUGCAAGACAUCGUCUACAAACUCGUCCCCGGUCUCUUCAAAGAUGAGAUGAAGAGGAGGAGAGACUUCUACUCGGCACACCCUGCGGCUGACGUCGGCUCCAACGAGGCGCGGGGAGAAGUGGCGGAUGAAGACAAGCAGAUCAUCACCGACGACGAGAUCAUCAGCCUGUCUAUCGAGUACCACCAUGCAGCCGCCAGCCACACCGCUCCCAACAGCGAGGAAUUCAAGAUCAACGGCAAGGACUGCGCUAAGCGCUACCUGCAGUGCCCAGCCGCCAUGGCGGUGAUGCACCUGCGGAAAUUCCUGAGAAACAAAAUGGACAUCCCCAGCAACUACCAGGUAGACGUCAUGUACGAGGACGAGAGCCUCAAGGACUACUACACGCUCAUGGACAUCGCGUACAUCUACGCGUGGAGACGGGACGGGCCCCUGCCCCUGCGCUACCGCGUGUUCCCCGUGUGCGUGGGCAUGCGGCGCGGGCAGCAGGAGGCGGCGCUGGAGGCACAGCUCAAGAGUCAGGCCCUGCGCGAGAGGAGACGCGGCCCCCCCCCUCUUACUCCCCCUCCCCCCCCCCGCGACCUCCCCUGCGGGGCCGGCCCCGUCGGCCCCGUCGGCCCCGUCGGCCCCGUCGGCCUCGUUGGCCCCGUCGGCCCCCUCGGCCCCGCCGGCCCCCUCCAACCGCAGCCCAACGCCAGCCUGCGCCGAGCGGCCCUUGCCUCCCUCGCAGCCAAACGGCCUCACCAACGGUGCCUCCUCCUCUACCGCCACCGCCACCGCCACCAGCACCGCCACCCGCACCGCCACCGCCAUUGGCACGGCGGCGGCGGCGGGCCCCAUCCAUCCGACCGCCAAGAGCAACGGCAAAAGCAACGGCCUCAAGCGCCCGCGCCCGGGGGGCCAUGGCGAGCGGCCCGGCCACGUGCCUCCGCGAGCGUCGCCCGCCGGCGCCCCCACCGCCGCCUCCUCCUCCUCCUGCUACUAUGACCGGGCCUCUGCGUCGAGGCCCGUCGUAGGCCCCGGCAGGACCGCGUCGUCGGCCCCCGGCGUGCGGGCUGGAGUGGCGGCCCAACCGUUGGCUCUGACGACGCGGUUGCUUUCUCCUCCUCCUCCUCCUCCUCCGUCGUCGUCGCCGUCGCUCGUGGCCGCGCGGAGAGCGAAGCUGCCCAAGUUGAGCAGUGGUAGCGGCCUGCAGGGGCCCACGCUGGGCUAGGAGAUCGGUGUGGAGGGGCGCUCCCCCCCCCCCCUCCCCCACCUCGGCCUCUGUACGUCGUCGGCCACCCCGCACGCAGCAGCAGCUCGCCCCCCCCCCCAACCCCGGUCGCAACCCACAUCGCCGUCGCCUCGGCUACCAACAAACAUCGGAAUCCUUCCCUAUACUCCGUGUGUGUGCUUGUUGUUGUUUUUGUUUGUAUUGUGUGUGCGUGUUGUUGUUUUUGUGCGUACUGUGUGUGUGCGUGUUAUUGUUGUUGCGUGUACUGUGUGUGUGUGUAUAUAUUUAUAGGGUUGCUACCGGUCCACAUUUGGCUUGGACAGGCCAGGAAUUGGCAUCUCUGUUCUGAAAUCAUCAUCAUCAUCAUCAUCACGGUCCAUGGGCAGAUAGCCGGCCCCUGUAGAUGUCCACUUAACAUUUUAUAAUUUGUUUCCACUUUCCUCUGUCUUGUGCCAAUAUGGCUCAAGUAGUGGCCACAUCUUUCUGGCACCAAUCUCUUAUGAUGUCGUCAUCAAGCCAUUCUCUGUGAGGUCUUCCUCUCCUUCUGGUACCUUCCAUUUUUCCCCGAACAACAAACUUAUAAUUCUUCUUGUUGUCGUCCGUCCUACAUAUAUGUGUCCAAAUAGUACCAGUUUCCUUCUCAUCACUGUCCGUUCGGACAGCGGGAACGAAUUUGUACCGAGAUCUGCUAUCGGUAUUGUGUUGAACCACAUUACGGAAGAUCGCUGAGUACCGAUAGACCUCGUGCCGACUCGGAAAUGUGUCUGUGUUUGGUCUACGGUGGAAAUGGUGGCAACCUUCAUAGAGUGUACAUCUCAUUGGAUUGUCAAGUGUUUAGGUAAAAAUUGCCACAACUUGACGGUUAUUAAAAUGUAAUGUGCUCGGAUAAAAAUAGGAUU